ACGUAUUAACCCGAGAUUACGCACGUGGAAAUCUAGUGCAGGUACACUACUUUUCUAGUUUCGUCUAGCUUCAUGAUGAGUUGUUUGCAUUCAGCGUUUCAGUUUUCCUCUUCGACCUUUUUCAUAGGUUUACGCAGUACUUUGUAGAAAAUGUACGUCUAAUUCAUGUUUAGACAGUGACAAGUUACGGAAAUUGAAUUUUGAGAAGCAUACAAAUAUGCAUAAACGUCAAGUACGUCAAGUUCUGCAAGAUGUGUGCUCAGAAGAUGAAAUUAUUGACGAUGACAAUUCGGAUUCAGAAUCUGAUAACUGUGAAGAUUCAGAUCAUAAUACUGCAUCUGCUAUGUCUGAUAUGUCAGUAUCAAGUGACGAUGAGGAUUAUGUCAACUAUUAUAUAGGAAGGGAUAAAAUAACUAAGUGGCGUAUGGAGCCAAGAAAGGGGAGAGUAAGAAUAUGCAGAUUAAACACGGUACCUGAAUUAUUAGGAGUAAACAAACAUAAAGCAAAAAAGUGCAAAACGCCAUUAGAAUGUUUUUCAAUAUUCAUCGAUGAUAAUAUAAUUAGAAUAAUUACGGAAUGCACAAAUAUAAAAAUAGAUUUAUAUUCGUCGAACAAGAAACAUGCAUAUAGAACGGAUGAAACGGAAAUAAAAGCUCUAAUAGGUCUUUUACUUUUAGCCGGUUCUAUUCGAUCAGGACAUCAAAAUAUAAGAGAUUUAUGGGAUACGAAAGCGUUGGGAGUUGACAUAUUUCGCACUACUAUGAGUUACCACCGUUUUUCACUUUUACUGACUUGUCUUCGAUUCGAUGAUGUAACAACAAGACAUCAUCGAAGGAAGUUAGACAAACUUGCAGCUAUUAGAGAUGUAUUCGAUAUAUUCCUUACUAAUUGCCAAGAAAGUUAUUUACUUUCAGAAUAUUGCACAAUAGAUGAGCAACUUGUGCCAUUUCGUGGUAGAUGUUCAUUUAGACAAUACAUCCCGAAUAAGCCUGCAAAAUAUGGAAUCAAAAUAUUUACUCUAGCAGAUGCAAAUUCAAGGUACACAUUUUCAAUGGAGAUAUAUGUAGGUAUCCAGCCUGAAGGACGAUACAAAGUUUCAAAUAAAGUUUUGGAUGUAGUGAUGCGAUUAGUGCAGCAUAUUGAAGGAUCAGGAAGAAAUGUAACUGGCGAUAACUGGUUUUCAAGUAUUCCUCUUGCAAAAUGUCUACUAGACAAAAAACUGUCAUAUGUUGGUACAAUACGGAAAAACAAAAAAGAGCUACCGAAAGAAUUCGUUACAACAAAAAAUCGAGAACCCAAAUCAUCCAUUUUCGGUUUCCAGGACGAAGCAACAAUAGUUUCAUAUAUUCCAAAGAAAAAUAGAAAUGUAUUACUUAUUUCAACACUUCACGUAGAAGAUAAUUCAAUUAGUAUAUCGAAUGGAACAGAACAAAAACCACAAAUCAUAUCAUUCUACAAUAACACAAAAGUGGGGGUUGAUACUGUCGAUGAACUUUGCGGAACAUAUUCAACAUCAAGAAAAAGUAAUCGUUGGCCUCUUGUAAUAUUUUUUAGAAUAUUAGAUAUUGCAGGUAUCAAUAGCCAAACUAUUUACAAUAAUAAUAAGCCUAGAGCAAAUUUAAAAAGAAACAAAUACUUGCAAAAGAUAGGAAUGGCACUAGUUUUAGAAAAAUUGCGAAAACGAUCAUGUGAUUUUCGCAUCCCAAGAGAAAUUCGAAGCAAAGCAGCUAAAUAUUCUGGAAUUGAUGAUCCGGAGUCUUUUAAAACUUAUGAAACUGGCCAGUCAGAAAAAAAAUCAAGAUGCACCAUUUGUCCAAGAAGAAAUGACAUAAAAACGAAGUUCUAUUGUUGCAGAUGUUGCAAGAAAAUGUGUCUAAAACACAUGAAAAAUAUUUGUGAAACGUGCUUACAAAAGGAUAUGGAAUAUGAAACCGACGAAUACUCAGAUAAUUAGGUUGUAAGUUUUUUCAUCAUCAACUACAUUGUUCUAUAUUUUAUAUUGUGUAUAUUUAUGUAUAUUCUAUUACUAUAUUUGUUUGUGUUA